ACGCAAGGAGUCAACUCAGCCAAAAUGUCACAGCUGGAGGUUAAGAAAAAGAAGCGGCCGGUUGUAAAAGAGGAGGACCUGAAAGGAGCCCGCAGUAAAUUGGGGCUAAAGGGAGAGGUCAAGAGCAAAACAUAUGAAGUGAUGGCAGAGUGUGAGCGAAUGGGGAAGGUGGCACCAUCUGUUUUCAGCGGAGUGCGUUCUGGAAAUGAGACAGUGAUUGAGAAACCCAAACCUCCAUCUGGAAGUGUGUUUGGGAAAUGAUCAAUGGAUUAAUGGACACUUUUCCUGUCUGGAUUUGAUAUGUACGUCAUACGAGCAUAUAGAAUAACUUUAGUUCUUUUGCAUCUACAUCAUGAAUAUUAAUAAGAGGCAAUGUGGACAUUUAUGUUGCAUAUCUGGAAGUAUGAGUUUAGGUUUUUAUACUGUUUGUUGUUGCUGUAUUUAUCAUGUCAUUGCUAAAAAUAUGUGCCAAUUUCUAUAGUGUCACGCUUUUUAUAUAAAAGAAAUCCUGAGGAAAUCACCAAGUGUGAUUUACUUUUCCUUCCGUAUACAACCUUACUAAAAAUAACCAUGCUUUUACUGCAAAUACACAACAUGACUAUUGUAGUUACCACAAGCUCACUAUGAUUUUUGAUAGACUAACAAUAGUGUAAAACUGCGGUAACGGUUAUACAAUAAUUGCAGUUAUUACUACAAUUUACUAUAUACACACACAAUACACCUAUAGUUCAUUUUAAUAUGGGAAAACAAGUCUGUUAUUCCAAAUAAUGCAAUCGAAUAUUAUAUCAGAUGAUGAUGACGUUACAAAUUGCUGUUUGAGCAAAUUUUAGAAAAGCUGAAGUUGCUGCACAAAUAAAAUGGAUGUUUAUUAAAUC